UUAACGUUAAUAUUGCAAUAUGUUGUCAUGCUUUUUGUGCAUGAACAUAGGAUAAGUAUGUUUUGUGAAGAAUCUGGAAAGAAAAUCUGCCAAGCGAAGUUUAUUGGUUGUGAUGACUGCAGUGGUCAUAAUAACAUGACUAAGUAUUUGAACGUUUCAUGCUGAUAAAUGAGCCUUUCCUCGCUAGUUUUACCAAAAUUACCUUCAUUUCAUAAAUGAAGGUUCGCUAUUGGUUGUUGCAUAGUAAAAGUGUUUCUUGCUCACAUUUGUGUAUGGCAGGUGUUAGCAACAACAUGUAAGGAUUAUUAACAAAAUCUGGUUAAAAGAUUUAGAGGUUGACUAGAACAAGAUGGCAUGACAAUGCUCCCAAUGAUUGGUCGUAGAAUUAUCAGUUUUUCCUUAUAUUUGUGAUCCACAAGGAAUAUAAAACCUGACCAUACCUAUUUGCUACAUCAUGAAGCACCACAACCAAACUAGAAGCCUCACGAAAUACAACUAAAAACUGUUUUCUUUUAAAGAAACCAAGCGAGAGAUCUAAUAUUUCAAAGUGUUACCAAUUCUACAAACGAUGACAUCGUCAAGUUACGUGAUUUUUGGGAUAGUAAUUAUUUACAGCUCUGCUGAGACCAUAUUUGCAUCCAACGAAACAUCCUCGUCUUCAAGCGCCGACAAAGGUAAUCCAACGACCGCACCAUCAAAGCACAACGACUUUUUCCUGGGAACUGUGCAUCCUGACUCUAAACUCCAUAAAAUAACUCAUGAUAAUGAUUCAAAUCGACAACCAAUCAAAGAAAAAAACACGACAGAGGAACUCUUGCAGACUAUAUUAAACAAUAUCAAACUCAAGUCAGAUAGUCGACUGAGGCCCAAACUGGGACGAGAUCCUGUAGUCGUUUACACCGAUAUGUAUAUCCUUGACAUAGGUGAUAUUAGUGAAGCCAAAAUGCAAUUUCGAGUAAGUUUCUUUUAUCGCAUGUAUUGGAGAGACGAGAGGUUAUCCUAUGAAGAAACAGGUUACAAGAAACGCCUUGCAUUGAAUGCUAAGAUGGUGGAAGACAUGUGGAUUCCUGAUAUUUACUUCGUUAAUGAAAAAGAUGGUACAAAACACGACUUAACUAAACAGAACGAGGUGGUGCGGGUAUGGCCUGACGGGAAGGUUUUUCAUAGUAUAAGAUUAUCAAUGACUGCAUCAUGCCCAAUGAGACUACAUAACUACCCAAUGGACAAACAAAUAUGUAGCCUGUCGUUUGAAAGCUUUAGCUACCCUGUCAAUGAGUUGAACUUCAAAUGGAGAAAAGACGGUGGUAAUAAAGAGGUGAUGGUUUCAGAUAAGCUUGAGAUCCCACAGUUUAUACUAACAGAGUUUUCUACAUCGUCCGAGCUGGCAAACUUUACUACAGGCUCAUACUCUCGACUGACUGUCAUCUUCAAGUUUGAGCGUAGCAUUGGAUUCUUUCUCAUUCAAACUUACAUCCCUGCUUAUCUCAUCGUCAUGCUAAGCUGGAUUGCUUUUUGGAUUCACUACACAUCAACACCUGCUCGAAUAGGACUGGGUAUUACCACAGUUCUCACCAUGACAACCCUAACAAAUAGUGCACGUGCAUCGCUGCCAAAGGUCAGUUACGUCAAGUCCAUUGAAUGGUUUCUUAUCAUGUGUUUUACUUAUGUCUUCAUGUCUCUGGUUGAGUUUGGUUGCGUGUCAUACGAAGUCAAAACAAAAAUUCAAAAAGGUGUUCAAGCCGUUAACGAAGUGGAAAAUAAUGAACAUGAUCAGCAGGAUCCGGACAAAGAAAAUGCCCUUUUUCUGGCAGACAAAGAGAGUGGAAGAGUCAACAAUGGUGAAUGCAGACAGUUAUCUAAACUUCCAAUGAGAAUUAGACAACGUUUCGGAACACCACCGCCCGACCAUAAACUGGUAAAACAACGAUCCUUUUCUAAGAAAGAAAUCGAGGCAAUGGAGCCGGUGGUCGAUCGAUAUGCUCGUAUUAUUUUCCCUGUUUCAUUCGUCUGCUUAAAUAUUACAUACUGGAUAAUGACAUACAAUGCUUCACAAGCAGUGUAGAGGUGGUAACACGUAGCUCACGAUAUGCGAGUCUGUAGUAUCUAUUGACAGUGGUGCAAAGACAAUAGAUGAAAGGAGAAAGAAACAUUGUUUAGUGACGUAUCCAACUUCUCCAGUGCAUUUCUUUACAGGAUGACAAUGUUUUUGUUCGUCCUGACAUCCAAGGGAAAUAAAACAUUAAGUGACGAAUAAACAAUUCUAAUGGCCGACUUAUUAGACGGCACGUUUGCCUACAACCAUCGCAUGCAACCUGCGUACGUCGUCCUUACAACAUAGCUACAACUGUCGUGGGGAUUUCAAACAAUUGCUUAAUAGCCCUACGACAGUUGUAGUCAUGUUUUAAGGAUGACUUAAGCAGAUUGCAUGCGAUGGUUGUAGGAAAAAGUUGUGUCGUCUAAUUCGGCCUUAACAGGGAUGCUAAUUCAAGAUCUCAUCUCGCGCCAAAAGAUCGACGCAUUAGUCUUCUACAUUUUUAUGUAAAACAUCCUUAAAGCCACUCAAUAAAAUAGUGCACCGUUCGCUGAGAGUAAACAAUGAUAUUGGAUUAAUGCGAUGUUGUAAAAGCUCCAUAGUUCAGUGGAUAUAUUACAAAGCUUACUGGCAAUAUGUUGGUUUCAAAUUGAGCCUGGGUAAGGACAUUUCUAAACAAAUCUGAACGGCCAUAAUUUUUAGGAUUUUUAUAAUACUAGUUCCAUUUGCUCGCGCUUCCUGUGCAAUACGGGACUCUGACUUAGAAUAGCAAGCAACAAUUAUAAAAUCUAAAUCAUUUUGAGAAUGGCAUUCUAACUUACCUUAAUAGCAAGUCUCAAGCAACACAGGUAGCCCGAUGUAUCUGGAACUAGAGCGCAUCUGCAUAUUUCAGAUAUUAUUUUACAUAUGAUCACUUCCUCAUGUUCAGUCCGAAAGGGACAAACUGCGAGGGAAGAGUACUUGUAAAAGAAACUAGGGUAGGUGGGGGGGGGGGGGGGGGGGAUGCUCACCAAAA